GACCUCAUCCUGUCCGAGGACCGCAAGAGUGUGCGGCGUGGGAGCAAGAAGCUGAUUCUGUCCUUCUUUGACAACCCCAAGAGGUUCAGCAGUGUGCCGGUGGUGCUGGGGAGUCAGGUCUUCUUCUCAGGCCGUUCCUACUGGGAGGUGCAGGUGGGAGACAAGCCUGAGUGGGGCUUGGGGCUGUGCAGCGAGUCGGCCAGCCGGAAAGGCAAUGUCCUCUUCUCCCCCAAAAAUGGCUACUGGGUGCUGCGGCUGCAAAAUGGGGGCAACUAUGAAGCCCUCACCUCACCUGCCUCCCCUCUGACCCUGAGCGUGAGACCCCGGCGCAUUGGGAUCUUCCUGGACUACGAGGCAGGAGAAAUCUCCUUUUACAAUGUGAGCGACCACUCUCACAUUUACACCUUCACCGACAAGUUUCUGGGGAACCUCCAUCCUCUCUUCUUCCUGGGUGCCUUUUUGGGGGGCAGAAAUGCAGAGCCCUUGGUGAUCUCCUGGGUCAGGGACACGCAGGGGUCUGGGUGCAUCAUCCUGUGACAGCGGCUGCCCUGACUUCUCACGGGCAGGCAGAUACCUGAGAGCCUGACCGGCUCCUGCCGGGGAAGUGGCUGUGUGUCUUGGUGAGAGCCAUGGCAGGUUCCCCGUGUGCUCCUGGUGGUGACCCAUCAAGUGUGACACCCACCCCAUGCCAUCUCAUGGUGAGAAGGGCUCUUAGCAGCAGGAAUAUGGCAUGAUGAGGACAGGGGAGCCUGCCGACCACUGCUGCCCUGCUGGCCCUCUCCCAGGAUGCUGGAGAAGAGCGGGUGCCCAGCCUGCUGUGUAGUGCUGAUUUUGGUGUGAUUUGUACUGGAACAAGGCAAUAAAGUGUUGAUUUAGG